UAGCAGGGCUCGUAAAAAUAGGUGAUAACAUUUAGUUUUUAGUUUAUUUUAUUCUGCAAUAUUGUGACGGAUUAAGGAAGAGGACACAGAAGACAGGUUGUUACUGUAAUCAAGGAAUAACUUGGAUUUGAAGACCAAAUAAAGAAUAAUUACAACAUAUUUUAUUCUGAAUAGAUUGUCUACUCAAAAAGUUGAAAGAUGGCAGAGCGGAGGAGAGUGGACUAUAAUAUUCACAGAGACGUGCUCGACGAGGAGAUAGUGGACGAUGUCUACAACCCGAUCUACAACACCACCACUGUGAGAGAAAAGCUCAAGAAAUCUGUCAGCUGCUCUGGUCCGAGGUUGAAGAAGAGCAUUCUGAGUACUGUGCCGGUGGUGUCAUGGCUGCCCCGGUAUCCCGUCAGAGAGAACGCUCUGGGAGACCUCAUCAGUGGCAUUAGUGUGGGAAUCAUGCAGCUCCCACAAGGAAUGGCCUAUGCACUCCUGGCCUCUGUCCCUGCGGUCUAUGGUCUGUACUCAUCCUUCUAUCCAGUUCUGAUUUACUUCUUCUUCGGCACUUCCAAACACAUAUCUGUCGGCACGUAUGCAGUGAUGAGUGUGAUGAUCGGAGGAGUGACAGAACGAUUGGCUCCAGAUUCAAACUUUUUGGAAAAUGUAACAGGAGAGGCCAUCAUAAACACUACGCUCCGAGACGCAGAGAGGAUCAAAGUGGCAGCAGCAGUCACAUUUAUGUCCGGGAUAUUUCAGGUGCUCCUAGGCCUGGUGCAGUUUGGUUUCGUGGUCACAUACCUCUCUGAGCCUCUGGUCCGUGGGUACACCACCGGAGCAGCCAUCCACGUCAUCGUCUCCCAGCUCAAGUACACCUUUGGGAUCAACCCCACCAGGUUCAGUGGACCUCUGGCUCUCAUUUAUACGGUGUUAGAAAUUGGUUCUCUUUUGCCUGAAACUAACCUGGGGACUCUGGUGGUCAGUGCUGUCUCCAUCGUCUGCCUGAUUCUAGCCAAAGAACUCAACACGUAUCUAGCAAAAUGGCUUCCUGUACCUAUACCAGUGGAGCUAAUAGCUAUCAUUGUAGCCACACUGAUCUCCUGGCAGGUUAACUUGAAUGCCAAAUAUGGUAUCGAUGUGGUGGGCGACAUUCCAUCUGGCCUGCAGCCGCCAGCGCUCCCCGACAUCUCUCUCUUCUCUCAGGUGAUCGGAGAUGCGUUCGCCAUUUCUGUAGUCGGAUAUGGACUGGCCAUUUCUCUGGGACGAAUCUUCGCUCUCAAGUAUGGGUACAAGGUGGACAGCAACCAGGAGUUGAUUGCCCUGGGUCUGAGUAACACCUUUGGAGGGAUAUUCCAGUGUUUUGCUAUCAGCUGCUCAAUGUCCAGGUCUAUGGUCCAGGUCAGCACUGGAGGAAAAACCCAGGUGGCUGGAGCUCUGUCCGCUCUGGUCAUUCUCAUUAUCACUCUUUGGAUCGGACAGCUCUUUGAGGAUCUGCCCAAGUCAGUGUUAGCCGCCAUCAUCUAUGUGAACCUGCAGGGGAUCAUGAAGCAGUUUACGGACAUCCCAGCUCUGUGGAGGAGUAACUGGAUCGACAUGGUGAUCUGGAUAGUCACAUUUAUACUGACCGUCCUGUUGAACCCAGACCUGGGGCUGGCUGCUUCUAUCGCCUUUGCUCUGCUCACUAUCAUCUUCAGGACUCAACUUCCAACCUACUCUCUGUUGGGACAGAUCUCAGACACAGACAUCUACAAACCUCUGAACAGCUACGAAGAGGUGAAGCCGGUGCCAGAUGUGGUGGUUUUCCGCUCCUCUGCUACUCUGUACUUUGCCAACGCAGAGAUGUACCAGGAAGCUCUGGGGCGCAAGACUGGGAUUGACAUCACUAAGAUCUUGGCGGUCAAACAGAAACUGGAGGCCAAACGAAAGAGGGUGGAGAAAAAACAGCUGAAGAAAGCCCAGAAAGAGGCUAAGAAGCAGGCCAAGGAGAACAGAGAUCUGCAGGUGGAUGUUGAGCACACGGAAAUGGCGGGGGUGGCAGUGAUUGACAUAGAACCAGACAGAGACCCGUCUUUACCCAGAGCCAUCAUUCUGGAUCUAAGUCCUGUCAACUUCCUGGACACGGUCGCAGUCAAGACCCUCAAAAAUAUCAAAAAGGACUAUGGAGAAAUCGGAAUUGACGUGGUACUGACCGGCUGCCAGUCUGGAGUGGUGCAUAACUUGGAGACGGGCGGAUUCUUCAAUGAGAAAGUGACAAAGUGCUGUGUGUUUUCUUCUAUUCAUGAUGCUGUUCUGCACUGCCAGUGUUCAUGUGAGACAGAGCGCCACCAGCAGGACAAGGAGGUGAGAGACAUGCCAGCCACGCACUUCUGAAUCUGGAACACAUACAAAUAUUUGUCCAGUGGUAUAGAGUACAAGUAUUUGGAAGCCUCUAACAAAACUAAAUAUAUUGUUGGUCUUAGUUUAUUUGAAUUAUUCCAUAUUUUUGUCUACAUUUUAUAUUCCUGUUUACCCACCCCACAAUAUACUGCCUCCUAUUGCAAAGGCUCUUGUUAUAACAGCAAGAAACUGCCACAUGUAAUUUGAAGAAAAUUCAAAAUAUUUGUUA